ACGUGAACACGUUUUUUCAAAUUCAAUAACAAAAAGAAAUAGCUACUCUGAAAAUAAUUCUUAAUUCAGUUGUCAAACUUAAAUAAACAAAUCAUUAAUCAUGUCUUUAUUAAUACGUACAGAUGUUACAGCUGUUAAAAUUUUCAAAAACUACGUUCUUGCCGGUAUUGGAAGCACUAUAAAUGUAUUCGAUAAAGCUUCGGCGAGAUUAAUUACAAAGUUUCAAUGUUUAAAAAGCCAAAAAAUAUAUGGUUUUGUAGUAUCUAAUUGUGGUAAUAAAAUACUCGUGUUUGGCGGAAAACAGUUCACAGUUUUAUCUUUUACGCACUCGCAUUAUGAGGAGACAUUUAAGAAAAACUUCGAACCUAUAAUAUGCGAUGAUUGGCUUCAUUCCGGUGUUUGGCUGAAAGAAGAUAUUGUUAUUUUAUUAACUGCUCAUAAUGUUACUCAGAAAUGGAACUUAUCAACACAGUCCUUCAUAUCUCAAGAAGCAGGCAAAGAAAACUCAAUAUUAUACAGUGGACUUAUUGUAAUGCUGCAAGAUGCAAUUAUGGUCCUAGCUGGGACUGUGUUCUCAGAUGUCAUCGUGCAUAGUAAUACUGUUAAGGAACCUCUACAUUAUUUGAGAGGACACAAGGGUGUCAUAUUCUCCAUUUCGUGUGAUACAGAUAAAGGUUUAAUAGUAACAACUUCAGAUGACAGAUCAGUCAGGAUUUGGAGUACAAAUAUCAUAACAGCAAAUGCGCAUAUGCUACAAUAUUGGAAGGACCAUGAAAUAACAUGCAAAUAUGAACUGUACGGGCAUUCAGCACGAGUCAUGAGAAACUGCAUCACAAAUAAUACAGUUAUAUCAGUAGGAGAAGAUUCCGCUAUAUGCUUUUGGAAUUUGAAUGGAGAACUAAUAAAAAAGAAUAAUUCACAUCAGUAUUCUGGUAUAUGGUCAAUAGAUGCCGAUAAGAAUCACCUGGUGACUGGUGGAGGUGAUUGUGCAGUUAUACUGCAUCCACGAACAACUAAUAAUGGCAUUGUUCACAACAUUUUAAACUUUGGAACUCAGAGAAAAGUUAUGUUCACUGCGAAAAGAAAUUUAAUAAUGUUGGAUGAUAAAAAUUUGUUGCACCAUAACACAAACGAGAAAUCAUCUAAGGUUUAUGAAUUAAGUCACGAGUCCACAUACAAAAUGCUGAGUUUAUCAUCAUGCAAGCAAAUUAUUGCCGUUGCCGAUAUGAAAGGAAAACUUGAUGUCUUUGUUGAAAACUGUAAGAAUGGACACUUAACAAAAAUAAUUGACACAAAAUUGCAAUUAGGAAAGAUAUUAUCAAUGCAAUGGGCUGGCAACAGACAUGUAAUUAUUUGUUCUGAAAAUGGUGCAAUAACAGCGUUAGCUGCAAAUGGGGAAAAUACAGAAGUUUAUGCCAAUUUCAUUUUGCCUCCUUGCAAAGAAAGAUGGCUUACGGCCACAGCUUUAAACAAUAAAAAUGAUGUAUUUGCUUUAGGAGACAGGUGUGGUAGUAUCCAUAUUUAUGUUAAAGGAAAAUGUAAUCCAAUCAAAAGCUUUAAGAAAGUACACGGAAGAUAUGGUCCAACAUCAAUUAAAUUUAACAGCAAUGAACUUUUGUCAACCGGAAGAGAUGGGACAAUCAAAUAUUUCAAAAUCGAUAUUUACAACGAAAUUAUAUUUAUGAGGAGUAGGGUCUUAGAAUUUCCGUGGGUUGAGGAAUUCUUGAAUACCGAUGAAACAUUAAUAUGUGGUUUUCAAGAAAGACUUUUUGUGAUUUAUGACCUGACAGACAACUCCAAAAUACUUGAAGUGACAUGUGGAGGAGGUCACAGGUCGUGGGACGCAGUGCGUUUCAUAGAGAAAGUCAAUGACGAUUACGAACAAUUUGUUAAUUUCAUUUAUUUGAAAAAUUCUGAAAUACAUCUAUUGAAGUUUCAACUGAGUAAAAUUGUGGCAAAGAAUUUAGUGAACGGAUCACAUUCUAACAACAUAAACUGCUUAAAAGUCUUAGUUAGUGAUGGAACGAAAACAAUUUACGUAUCAGGGGGAGAAGACACAACUGUAAGAAUAUCGACCACAGACAAUCAACUCAAUUUUAAAGACGUCUUAACAUUUAAACAGCUGUCAAAUGUCAGAACCCUUAAAUUGCAACCUGUAGAUGACAACAAUAGUUUAAUUUUUACAGCUGGAGGCCGUGCACAAAUAUGUAUAAAAAAAUGUACUAUAAAAGAAAAUGAAAUUAAGACCCAAGAUUUGAUUGAGUACAUGAUAAAGGGUACAGAUAAAGAGAGGAAAGGUAAUCAGACGUGGCGGAAUUGCACAAUAGAUUGCGAUCCAGAGACAAGGAUCAUGGAUAUUGCAGUUUUGAAGAAUACUGAUUACUUCAUUUUUACCGGAUGUUCCGACGCUUGUCUGCGAGUUUUGAAAUAUGAAUUACUAAUCAAUAAAAUAACAUUAAUCAAUACAAUUAGUCACCAUGAAACAUGUAUUUUAAAAACCCUUUGUUUCCGGCUGUUGGACAGAGACUUCUUGGUGACAGCCACAACAAGAGGUCUGUUCUCGAUAUGGCUAGCUUCUGACCUGCUGAAAGAGAACCCUGCGUCGUUUUUCUCAAUAAAAACGAACAAAUCCGGGAUAAAUAGUAUAAGUUGUUAUAAUAUAUCAACAAACGAAGUUUUACUAGCCACGGCAGGUGAUGAUAAUACCAUCUAUAUGACAUCAAUAGAGAUAAACAUCCAAGAUAAGUUGCCCUCGGCGGUCGUCAAAUAUUGUUGGAGCUCUGAUCAGUUUCACAGCUCCCAGAUAACUGGUUUAUGGUUGGGCAAUGGCUUGCUACUCAGUACAUCGAUCGACCAGAGGGUAACUAUGUACAGCUGGACUGUUGAUGACGGUUUACACUGCUGCUGUCUACGGCAAGGUGUUAGCGACGUGGCUGACAUACAAGGAAUGGAAGUGCUGGAAUGUACGAGUGAUCACAUAAAGCUGUGUGUCUUCGGCAAAGGAAUGGAAGUACUUCAGCUGCAACGUACAAACACUUAAUGUUAUGAGAGUCCUUAACACUCCAGUUGUCUGGGAAUGAACAACUAGUGCUU